UCAAGACCUGUCUACAUUGCAACCCUUGGUCAUCCUUUCAUUCGAUCCGUCACGGACACCCAGUGACGCUCGCUUGUGUGUUCGUCCUGUCAUGUGCUGAGAAAAGGAGUGUGAUUGGGGCCUGCGACCAGGUCAUAUGGCACAAGGGACAGAGUCGUCAACGACCAAGUGUGGCGUUACACAAGUCGCCAUCUCUCACCAUCUCAGUACACGAAAUUCUGGCCGAGCAACUGCAGCCAUUCUCUCGUGCACCAACAAUGCUUCGAGCGUCUGAAUAUGGAUCUCCUACAGACUCGGUAGGAAGCCCCAAGCGCGGGCAGGCCAGUGCGGCGAGCAGAUCCGGCCGUCCCAUCCACCGUGUUGCUGGAGGUGCGACCGCCGCUGACGCCGAAAUGGCAGGGGUUCACGAUUCGGAUGAUGCCAUCACAGAGACAGGCUCGGUGUCGGGAAGCACAGUGCAAGGGUCCAUCAUAGAUUCUAGACUGGGGAGCGCCACAGGUAGAGGGAGGCUGCUGAGCUUCGAUGGGAUUGCGCUCGCGGACCUUACCAAUGCACCAGGCGUAGCAUUGACCGGAUUCAAUGCGAUCUCUACUGUCCUGAAUCAUCCGACGAAACGCUCCAAUCCCAUCGAUCCCAAGUCCUCGCGAUACCCACUUCUCCCCAUCUCAUAUAGUGAGCUGCCAACUGCGCGCAAGAGCGAUCAUGCCGCCUAUCUCGAGCAGAUUCGGUCCGAAUGGGACCGCUUCGUUCGCAGUCAGCGUCUAGGCGCACGUGGAAAAGCUCGAUUAGGAGAUGGAGAUGAUCUAGCAAGCGAAGAUGGACAUCAGGAACGAGCACAGGACCCGAUGCUCGACGCUCCGGAGAGCUCGGCUGCUGGGACUUCCCGCUUCUCAAUCGACGUAGCAUCUUUGAGGAGUGAAGCACAGAGCCCGACUCGCUUAACGUCUCGGAAACGACUGCCCUCCUUGGAGUCAGUCCCCAAAGUCUACUUUCAGGACGGCUUCAGUCUGAGCAGCCCUAACGUCUUUGGGAGCGUGGUCGAGCAUUCAACAGCAUCAGAAAAGUCCAAUGCAAACGCGCGCAACGAAGACGGAGAUGCGGUUACAUACGAGCCCGGUCUCAAUCAGAUACUACAGGAAAAGCUGAGCUAUUACUCGGAUGUCAUCGAGCAGCAUUUGAUUGUCGAGAUCGGUGCUCGAUCAAGCUCUUUCUUUGCUGCGCUGGGCAAUCUCCAAGAUUUGUCCGCAGAGGCAACAUCGUGCUUGAAAAAAGUCAACAUAUUGAAGGAGCAGCUUGUGGCGGUCGAUGACCGGCUUGCCAAGAAAGGCUUGCAGCUCAUUGCGAAGCAGGCUAGGCGCAGAGAGCUUCAACGCACUUCAAAGGCGGUGCAAGCGGUGCAAGAGCUGAUCGAACGGCGCAGUAUGGUCACAUUGCUCGUCUCCCAUGGGGAAUACGAGGAGGCGUUGGACUUAAUGGAGUCAAUACGAAUGCUAUUGCGGAAACGAACAUCCCAAGCAAACGACCAUGCACUGGAGACGUCUGAUACGGACGACAUUGACUUCUCCAAGGUCCCUGCUGUUGCCUCUAUAAUCUCCGGCUUUGCUAAUCACCACGAUCACAUCGCUAGUGCACUGCAGCAGGAUCUGCUUCACAUACUCAGCAAAGAGCUCACCGAGCGUGUUAUGCCGGCCGAACCUGUGUCUCAAGACGUCAACAUGCGCGAUCCUAAGGCUCUGCGUGCUCACAAGAGCAAGUCGAUCAAUCUUUCGCUCAGCAUCGCUGCCGGGAAGCUCAGCGCCAAACGCUCAUGGGGACUUUGUGAAGAAAACAAUGAGACUAGUGAAGAAAUUGCAAAGGUGCUACCAAGGCCACCUGCUCCGCUCAAUGAGAUUGACGAGCUGUUGCGAAAACGGAUAUCCAGUCUGAGUGAUGAGCUGUUGCGGAAACGGAUAUCCAGUCUGAUCUUUGGCCUCGUUCGUACCAAAGGAGUGGAAAGGGCGCUAGCCGCAUAUCGCGACGUCGCUUUUAGUGCAAUUCGCGAGGCGGUGAAGGGGCAUCUGGUUACCGCUCACGCGCAGCUGUACAGCCUGCUCACGAGGGACGAGGCUCUGACAGAAGAGAUGCUGGAUGCGGACGACGCGGCCAGAAGGCUUCGAGAUAUGCCUCACAUGGAUUUCCUCGAAAUGGGUCACACCUUCUUCCAGGCCUUGCUAGAUUAUCUUGGGGGGAUCAAUGCUCAAACUCGUGUCAUCCUCUCGCUGCUUCACGACAUGGCUCACGAAGGAGAACAGGAGCCGAACUCUCCCAGCGGUACGUCGACGCCAAAUGGAGAUGCCAAGAUGGGCCAAUACGACAUGCCGGAGGGUGUGUCGCAUGCUCUCCCCAGUGCUGCCCGCGAGCUGCUCCAUUCGGCUGGCGAGCUAUCACAUGCGUGCGUGUCCAGAUUCAUCUCCAUUCGCGCAAAGCAGCACACGUCUUUAACUCUGCGGGACUUCCUUGCCGUCUUCCAACUCUGCUGGUCCUUCGUCCUAUGCUCCGAGCUCAUCUGCCGGCGCAUGAUCAUGGGGCUCCGCGGGACCGUUUUAAACCAGGCCAAGAGCUUCCUGGUCAGUUUCCACCAUAUGCGCGUCGCAGCUGCCGCUAAAGCAGUUGAAGAGGAGAAAUGGGAUCAGGUCGACGUAGAUGCUGCUUUGCAGGUCGAGAUCGAACGUAUCGUCAACAGCGCCACGGAAGACCAGCCAGAAUUCAUCGUGUCCACUGAAGAGGACGAGGACGCAGUAAUAAUAUCUGGCUUACCAUCGACAGAUAGCUCCGACAAGCAGCAGACGAACGGCUCCUCGUCGAAAGAACCGCAUGCGGAGGCGAAUGGUACUGUCGCCGGUUUUAAGACGUUGCGUAUCGAGAAUCGCGAUUUCUGUGUGGUCAAAGCUUCGCUGGACAUGCUCUCCCAAUUGGGCGAAUACAUACGCGUUAUUGUCAAUCUGCCCCUGCUCACCACCGAAGCCAUGACGCGCGUAGUCGAGUUUCUCAAGCAAUUCAAUUCUAGAACCUGCCAAGUCGUGCUGGGAGCAGGAGCCAUGCGAUCGGCGGGCCUCAAGAACAUCACUGCAAAACAUUUGGCUCUGGCGUCUCAAUCACUCUCAGUGGUCAUCGCGCUCAUUCCGUACAUCCGCGAAACCGUCCGUCGACAUCUCACGGCACGACAAGCAGUUAUGCUGACCGAGUUUGACAAGCUCAAGCGUGACUACCAAGAGCAUCAGUACGAGAUCCAUGCCAAGCUUGUUGCCAUCAUGAGCGAUCGGCUGAGUGUUCAUUGCAAGGCACUACGGGGCAUCAAUUGGAACGCUGAAGCAAGCGGCGCUGAACCUAAGGUGAACAAGUACAUGCUUGACCUCGUCAAAGAAACGUCGCUCUUGUACAAGGUGCUAUACCGCUACCUUCCAACACAGACCAUCGAUGGUGUGAUGAGUCAAGUCCUCGCAGCGAUUGAUAAGCGGACAGCUGCAGCGUUCUUGAGCUUGGAAAUCCGAAACGAAGGGGCGCGGGCCCGCAUGGUUUUCGACAUUGAGCACCUGAAUUCAAAAAUGGGGUCGCUCAAAAGCCUGACAUGGAGUGGGCUGGUGAGUCACAGGUCAAAUGUUGCAUCCUACGUCCGAGGACUUAUCUGAAGGGCUCGUGCUUUCCAGGAACUCGCCAAGGUGUUGAAAGAUAAGCAUGUUCCGCCACCUCAACCGGUGCCGGAGUCUCCGA